AUGACUCUUGAGCUCGAAGCUGAACUUGGCGAAGAGCUAAUUGCAAUAUCUGAUGAGGAGCUGGCCACGACGCUUGACGAAGAGCUGUCCACAACGCUCGACGACGAGCUGGCUACGACACUUGAUGAAGAGCUGGCUACGCUUAUAAAAGUACCAGCCACAAUGCUUGACGAGGAGCUGGCUACGAUGCUCGAUGAAGAGCUAGCUACAACGCUCACAAAAGUGCCAGCUACAACGCUCGACAAAGGACUGGUCGUAACGCUAGACAAAAGACUGGUCGUAACGCUUGAGGAAGAGCUGUCUGUGCUUAUGAGAGUACCAGCUACAACGCUUGACGAAGAGCUGGCUAUGCUGAUAAAAGUGCCAGCUAUAGUGCUCGAUGGAGAGCUAGCUACGAUAGUCGACGAAGAGCCGACCACAAGACUUAUGAACGUGCCAGCUACAAUGCUCGACGAAGAAGUUUGUAUCGCACUCUGGGACGAGCUGCUAGAUGUAGACAAGCCUGGCGACUUCGACUUCGACUUCGAUGGCAAGCUAAUGAACGUAGGGCUCAGUGACCGAGUACCUGUCGACGAGGUGCGCGACAGCGGGUCGACAAGAGAGGAGCGCGUUGUCCGCGUCAAAGUGUCAUAA